UAUAGAUAAACACUCCAGUGUCCAUAUCUCAAAGACAAAUAUUAUUUAUUGUUUCCUUGCUUUCUUGUAAUCAUUCCCUUCAGUUCAAAUUCAUAGUGAACAGUAAUGAAAAAUCUCACAGAUAAUUACGGCGAUCACUUAUAUGAAUAUUUUAUCAUGAAAGUGUCUGGAUAAAUACAAACACAAUAAAACAACCGAUGUAUAGUCGAUUGAUUACAUAUGAUAUUAGGAAGUAUGGUUAACUAAUCAUUCAGAUCAAGGUUUGAGAUAGCAUUAAAUGGAAUCAUCGUUUAUACGGCAGCUCCAUUGAUAUAACGAAAUGAUCACCACUAUGAUACUGGCUAAGAACGUUUGAGUUCAAUUCAUAAAACACAGCACUUAUACUGAUGUAUAAUACUUAGUCACAUUUGAUAGACAUUGAUGGACAGAUAAAUUUUGUCGGAUAGAUAGAUAGCUUUAAACAGGAUAGAACGAAUCAGAUCAUUAAACAAUGCUUCUAUGAAUCAAAAUAGCAUAACGAAUUCAACGUUUUAUUUAAAUCAACAUUACAAAGUGAAAUUAUCGACUUGGAACUGUGGUGUGAGUUACUUAUAUCUACAUAAGUAGUAUACAACGAUUGUCAGAUAAAGGAUGUAUUUCAGUGUAAGGUCGAGAAGAAGAAAACGGAAACGAAGAGCAAUUAGUAUGAACAAUGAAAUCUGAAACGAUGGACUGAUAUUUGCAAAAGAAACAAUCAAGUUUAAGACAAUUAAUUGAUAUUUUGCAAAUGAAGUAUUUACUAUUUGGUUGUCAGAUUUUAGUGAGAUGUUCUGUAAUCUUGUGCUCAAAUACGUUCGAUUGUCCCCACUUAUGUUCUUCUUCACUACAAAACCAAUAAUAUAGAAAACACUUAAUUGUUACAAUAAAAUUUAAGAAAAUGAACCAUUCCUAUUUACACAGUCUUCUGUUUACACUCAGUUGUUGGCUAAGACUACUGAAAGAUUCAACUUAUUUUAUUUAUUUAUUUAAACACAUAGAUAUUGGUACAAGGAAGCACCAAAUACAUAUGCGCCACAAAAAUCUCAUUCGAUAUGUGUGAGGGCUGUGAUGCUGCCCGGGUACCCAAACCGAAGCAGGUGGUUUUCUUAGUUGGCCACUCCCCGAGCCUUCGACCUGAAGGUCUGAUCCACAAGGCAGUGGAGCAUCGUAAGGAGAUGCAGUCCCAUGGAAGCCGGUGACCAACAAUUGGUUCAUACGCCAUUUGUUCUCGCAGGAUACUGGAGCCCAUGUGCACCAUUGGUUUGGGAUCCGGUUAAAGCGCCAGACAUUCGCUUUUCGUCCUCUUAUUUUCGCAAACAACACCACGCCACGAUAAGGCAGUGAGUGGGACUUCCCUGGCAGAGGCUAUAUACACGUGGCCAUGUGAGAGCAUUUCGAGAGGGAGAGCGGACUCUUCCCACUUUCGGCCGUACCAGGGCACCUGAUAACUUUUCUAGUUCAAUCAAUAUUGUAAUGUUUUACAAGCAAAAUAAUAUUUUUGAUCAUUUAUGACAUCAGGGAUGUAUAUCUAGUCAGACAUUUGGUAACCAAGACGAAUUUUCACAGUUUUUAUCCGCUUUAAAUAUUGAUGUUCACUGGUCGCAUAGUUGAUCAAUUUUAAAAGCGUUGUCAAGUGAAGUAAUUUUUUUGUAAAAAAAACAAUGUUAUUUACAGAUAUGAAGUCUAAUAACAAUGAAGAAAAGUGCAAUCAAUUUAAAACAUUCCCUGAAGAAGAUAUUAAGGAUCUAGAUGAAUUGAUUGCUAAAAAAUACAUGAAUAUAAAGUCGUUUAACAAUGGACUAUUUAUGUACGAAUUCGCUGUGAGAAAUGUUGAUGAAUUAAUAUCUUUAGCAAAGAAAAUUGGUGCUAUACUAAAAUUUUAAACAAAAUCAUGUUUGAUAGUGUUCAUUACAUUGUAAUAAUCAUAUUAGUUUAGAAAUGUAUUUUUUUAAGAAGAUUAUUGCAUAACUGCAUUGACAUUUAAUUGGUUACUUUAUG